AGUGGAUGGGGCAGAGGAAAGGGAGGGAUCACCGGGAUCAUCCCGCUACAGGAGCCGCUGGUUGGAGCGAUGCAGCGCCGCUCUGCUUGUGUUUGCAUGCAUUUACUACACUGGUGGCACCAUGAGAGUGUUUGAAAACUGUACUGUGGUGUUGGAUGUGAGAAGUGUGCCUUUUGAGGAGAGGAAUAAACUGAGAUUAGCUCUUCUGGAGAAUGGAGGAAACAUCUCUUAUGUCAUCAACAAAGAGUGCUCUUUUGUAGUGACCAGCAGUGUGAAUGAUCUGAGCAGUAACCGGCAGCGCAGCAUCCAGAAGCUGCAGAUCCCAGUGGUCGGGACGCAGUAUGUGUGGAGCUGUCUGGACCAAGGGCAUCUCCUGCCUUUGACGGAGCAUAAUUUGACCCCACAGCUGCCAUAUCACACCUCUAAAUUCCUCCCUAAUUCAGAGAUAAAAGUGUCAACACACAUACCAAGAAAAGAGACGUUCAAGGGUCACCCUGAACUCCCAAAGACUGAAGCUGACAUUCUUCAGAAGGGUGGACCCCGUCCUGGCAGGUUCAGAGUUUACAAAGAAGGUGACCAUGGCCUGCCUGAAUUUCCUUCAUAUUUUCAAGUGGCCAAGUAUUCAGUUUUUGAGAGGGUCAAACCCAAGGCUCUGUGUGUUCUGGAGCUGCAGAGUGCCAAAGGCCGAGCAGGCCAGCAGUAUCGCGUGUUGUGUUCAGUCUUGCGUGAAGCUGAGACCACAGUGGUUCAGGACAAGCUUGUGUUCUGCGUGACGUCUGAAGACGCUGUGGAAGCAUAUAAGCAGCUGAUGAUGGAGACGGAGACCGAGGGAUUCACGAAGACACACACGCUUCCACCUGAGGUUGACCGCUUGGCAUCCUACAGCCUUCAGCAGCUGCUGUUGGAGGAGAAGCUGAACUGCAGCACGUUGUCUCGGGACGUUGGUGUCUUUGUGGAGCUGGUUUGGACCGAAGCUCUCGGUUCCCUUAAUAACAUCCUGACAGUCCCUGUCUCCAGAAUCAGCCUCAAUGAUGUGAGCAGGGUGGAGGGACUGUUACUGCAGGCACAGAAGACUGAGAAAGAGGAUGAAGUCAAAGCCCUGCUGAAGGAGGUCAACACUCUUCUGCCCCUCAGAAUGACCGACCCUCCUUCCAAACACAAGCUUGUGUCUCAGAAACUGGACCUUUGUCAGCUGAUCAGAGACAUUGUAAAUGUGAGCGAGGCCACUCUGGGAAGCCCCUCGUCUCUGGGAAAGUAUCGAGCUCUGAGGUGCAGCAUUGAGGUUGUUCCACCACAAAACCCUGAGUUUCAUGUUGUCUCUCAGCUGCUUCAGGGGAGGCCUGUUCAGAUUCAGCAGAUACUGCGUGUCAGCAGAGGGGUGGAGCUUCAGUUGUUUAUGGAGGAUUUAGGCAACAUUAAACCCCUCCUCCACUCCACUAGUCCCAGCAGUUUUGUUGGAAUACUGUCACGAGGUCUGCUGCUGCCCAGGGUUGGAGUCGAACAGCAUGGGAUUGAGAGGACGGAUAUCGGGAAUCUUGGAGGAGGAAUCUACUUCAGUGACUCUCUGAAGACUAGUGUGAAAUACUCCAAGCCCAGUGUGACUGACGGCUCUCGGCUGCUGUUGGUGUGUGAUGUGGCGUUGGGUCGGUGUAAGGACCUGCUGAAGAAAGACACCACUUUGACUAGUGCUCCUGACGACUACCACAGUGUUCAUGGAGUCCAGCGCUCUCCCAACAGACGCUCUGAAUUUGAGGAUGGUGAGUUUGUGGUCUAUAACACAGAGCAGAUCAGACUGAAGUAUGUGGUGCAGUACAGUCUGGAGGGAGACGAGUUAAAAGAGUUCCUGCCUCAAAUCAACACCUCUGUGGAGCUCACAGACACAACGCCUGAUAUCUUGUCCAGUGAUGACAGUGAGGGUUUGGAGUCCACUAAGAAUCCUCUGGAGGAGAUGAACGCAGGUUUGCUGGACAGCAGUGGUCAGAAACUUCCUCUACAGGCUGUCAAUGUGAGAUGCAAGCUGAUGGACCUGCUGUGUCAGGUCAUCAUAUUUCAGACCUACACAAACCAGAGCGCUGUUCCCAUUGAGGCGAAGUAUGUGUUUCCACUGGAGGAGACGGCAGCGGUGUGUGGAUUUGAAGCCUUUAUCAAUGGAAAACACGUCAUUGGAAAGGUAAAGGAAAAAGAGCAAGCUCGUAAGGAGUACAAGCAAGCCAUAGAGAAAGGUCAUGGAGCCUACCUGAUGGACCAGGAUGCACCUGAUGUAUUUACGAUCAGCGUGGGGAAUCUUCCUCCUGGAGCCAUGGUUUUGAUCAAGGUGACGUUCAUCACUGAGCUGGUGGUCAGAUCAGGCUCUAUAGUCUUCUCACUGUCUGGCAGCGUGGCGCCAUGGCAACAGAGAGCCGCUCUUAAUCAGACAACUCAGGCCACUGUUGAAAAGAUUGGUGUGACGGAGCUUCAGUCAGAGGGGGAGUUUUCUCUGUCUAUGUCCAUUGAAAUGCCUUAUGAGAUCAUCAACUUGAGCUCUUCACACCGCAUCAAAACCAAGAGGACAGACUGUAAGGCAGUGAUCAGCACGUUACCGGGACAGACUCUGGGAUCUGAAGGGUUACAGGUGUCCUUCAGUCUUUCUAAUAUCCAUAUGCCCAGGAUGUGUGUCGAGAACCAUCCGGAUAAAGAUAGUCAGGCCUGCAUGUUGGUGUUUUAUCCAGACUUUAAGUCAAGCGGGGUGUCCGGCUCUGGAGGUCCGUCCAGUGUGAGCGAUGUGGUCAUUCUUCUGGACUCCUCCAAGUCGAUGCGGGGAGACACCAUGCUGAACGCCCGCAGGAUUGCCCUUCAAGUCCUCAAAUCUCUGAACCGCUCAGUGAAGAUCAACAUCAUCUCUUUCAGCACUGAUUACAGGGAAGCUUUUCCUGCCAGUGCCUUAGAAGAAGCAUCUGAAGCAGCCAGAAAAUUUAUUAUGUCGUGUGGCGGCUCUGGUGGCAGCACUGAUCUGUGGCGGCCUCUCCGGAGCCUGAGUCUGCUGCCUCCCGGCCGGGGUACGAGGAACAUGCUGCUGCUCUCUGAUGGACAUGUUCAGAACCAGCCUCUGACCCUACAGCUGGUCCGAGAAAACUCCUGCCACACGCGCCUCUUCACCUGCGGACUCAGCUUGACAGCUAAUCGUCAUAUGCUCAGAGCUUUGGCUCAGGCAGGUGGAGGAACAUAUGAAUUUUUUGACACAAAGAUGAAACACACUUGGGCAGAAAAGGUGCGCGCUCAGGUUCAGCGUAUGGAGUCUCCAGGCUGCAGAUCAGUGGCAGUGAAGUGGCAGCAGUUUAAUCCCAGAGCGCCGCCUCCUGUUCAAGCCCCCUCACAGCUUCACGCUCUCUUCAGUGACUGUCACACUCUCAUAUACGGACUUGUGCCACACUGCACUCAGGCCACACUGUUUGGUGAUUUGAGUGGACAAGAGAUCAAAACAAUGGUGUCCACCACAGAACUACAAAAGACAAAGGGAACUUUCCUUCACAAAUUAACAGCCAGAGCGAUCAUCAGAGACUAUGAAGAUGGCAUUCUAGCUAACAGUGAGGCAGAACACGAGGGGAAGAAAGCAGAGCUGAAGUCUUACAUCAUUGAGCUCAGUAAAGAGUUCUCUAUCUUGUCCCAGUUCACAAGCUUUGUCGCCAUUGAAGAGAGGAAACAAAAUGAGCUUGACACCGGAUUCACAGAUAUUCCUAAAAUCAUUUCAGAGGAGGAUGUGGAUAUUUUGCCAUAUAUGGGCUGGAUUGAAGAGCUGAAGCUGAGGGCUACGCAUUAUAGUAGUAGUUCUCAAGAUGUAUGGAUGGAAUCAGAGGAAUGGCUCAGUAGCUCCACAUAUGAAGAUAUGUGUUCUGAUGCUUGUGCAGCAGCUGAACUUGAUGAUGAUUUAGAGGAGGACUAUGAAAAUAUUGAAAAGUUUAUAAAAGAAAGAUCUGCAGAUCGCUCUUUUCCUCCUCCUGACUCCAGUAGCUCCAGGCAUACUUCACGUUUUGAAAGUAGCAGUAAUGCUUCCAGAGACUGUCUGAAAAAAAUGAGUCUAAUACUUCCCCCUCGCCCUCCCGCUAAGCUUGCAUUUGAGGCUGCUCCCAUUCCUAAAGCCAGACGGCGAUGUGAAAUACCAGUGGAAGUUGUCCGCCAGGCUAGCAAGCUUUCUCCUCCUCCUCCUUUUGCUUGUGGUGCUUCCUCCAUGAGUGACAGGCUUCGCCCUCUAGCUGCCUCCCCGGUUCCCUACUGUAUGCCUCCUUGUCCCUCAGCAGAAUCUCUCUCCAAUAUUCGCCGGAUUUUACCUCCUUCUGCUGAUGCAGGGUUUGCCACUGAGCUUUAUGCCUCAGAUCUUCCUGUCUGUGCAGAUCCUCCUCGUUCAUCUCGGCGUGUCAUGUCCAUGACUCCAAGCCAUGCUCCCGCUCCUGCUACUUCUCGCAGGGUAGACGCAUCUAUUUUCAUGAGGGGAAGGGCUGGUGGCUCCAUUGCCAUUGCUGAACCUGCAGUGUCUCCACCACCCUCUCCCACUGCAUCUGGUGGCUUUCGUGGUUCCCUCAGAAGUAGCAAUAAGCGUUUGUGUCCUGGUUCCUUAGCCCUUAUAGCACGGCGAAAGGAACAGAUACAACUAUUCCGACAAGAAGUGGAAAAACGAGACACAGUGGCCUGGAAUGAGCUGUUUAAACUUCAACAUGAGGACGGAUACUGGGAGUGCACUGACAGGCUGAGCAGCUUCCUUAACCUGGACGUAGACUUUUUUGCAAAUGUCUUCCUUCAAGAGAAAGGCAUCCGUUCCUUAGGUGUGAAGGCUCAUGCUGAAAUUCUGCGGCUGGUGGCGACUCUGCUGGUGCUGCAGCUGAUCCGGGUGAAGAAGCUGGACGAGGGACGGCUGCUCGAGUCUCUCCUCCGACUAAAAGAGUCCCAGGAGCCCAGACCGAUGUACUGGGAGGCAGUGAAGAGGGCCGUGGCCUGGGCCUGCCGGGCGGACAGACAGUAUCCGUGUGUGUGCAGCAGGCUGGAGAUCGGCCAGGAUUGGGAAUCAUCUACACGUCAACUACUGGGCUGUGAUUCUCCAAACCCAUAUUCCCCUCUCAAACCUGUUCUGGAGAGACGUGUGGAUGUAUCAGUCAUGUAGAAACUGGAGCUGCUGCUUACUCGCUUAAUAUUUCAAAAAAAUCUUUAUGAGCGUUAAAGUGCCCUCAAAACUGUAUUGCAUUGGAAAGGAAAUAUUAAAACAAGUGCCCUUUUCUUGAUAGCUUUUUUCCCCAAAACUAGACAUUUGUUCAAUCACUUGUCGCUGAUUUUUAGUGAAUGUAUGAACUCAUUUCUUCUCAAGUUCACACAGAUGUCCUAGCAGAGCGACUAACAGCUGUACUUCAUCAUAUUAUCUAUGAUUAUAAUGCAGUAUGUUGUUUUUGAGGUGGCCGAGAGAGCUCAACGCGCUGCAAAUAGAAAAAAACACCUUUACAUUUUUGCCUCAAUGUGGUUGUCUUGUUUCAAUUGUGAUAAACUAUAGCUGUUCACACGAUUGACUGUGAUUGCUAACAGGUGAAAUCAAUUGGAACUCUGUUUGAAUCUGAGUACUUAUUGAGCUGUUGCCUUUUUAUGUGUGUUUGCCUGAUGAAGGUCUUUGACUGAAACGUUGCUACUUUUACAUUUUUUUGAAUAAAGAGAGAUUAAGUGUG